AUGGCUGCUCGAGAGCGUUGUAUGACUAAUUUCAAACGCUUAGCGACACCAAGGUACGGCAAAGUGCCAAGUGAUGCUGCAGCUGUGUUAGUACCAGUAUGUAAUGUGGGAGAGAAACCGUCGAUACUAUAUACAGUUCGGGCCACGAACCUUAGGACUAACAAUGGGGAAGUAUCAUUUCCAGGUGGGCCAAUACCCCAAAACGAAUCUCCUAUACAAACAGCCGUAAGGGAAACGUUUCAAGAAAUCGGUUUACGGCCUGACAAAAUAGAUGUCUGGGGACACGGGCCGCCGCUUCCAGGCCGCAAUAACAAAAUAAUGAUUACUCCUGUAGUUGGGUCCAUAGACACUCUGGCGCCAGAAGAUUUAAACAUUAAUGUUGGCGAAGUUGCAGAGGUAUUCACUGUCCCUAUUGAACUAUUGUGUGAACCCAAAAAUCAGUAUUACACACAAUUCAGUAACGGAUUCGUCUUACCGGUGUUUGUGGUCGAGGAAUACAAGAUAUGGGGUAUAACUGCGUUUAUAACUCACGCAUUCUUGAACUCCGUACUUACAAACGACGUUUAUAAAAAUGAAUGGACGAAGAAGAAAAUCGUGAUAGACAACCAAUAG